AUGGCGGCGCCGGGCAAGCGAGCCUUCGCAGGAAGCGGGCCGAGGAUUGGUGAGACCGGAAAGUUCGAGGGCGAGUUCGAAGUGCGGAAGGCUGCUCCCUUCAUCAAACGUCGCCUGGAGGCCUGGGAGAAGCUUUACAAGAAGUACACUACCGAGCUGGCCGAGAAGCCUCGCAAGGACAUCAAGAUCGAGCUCCCUGACGGCUCACUGAAAGAUGGCAAAGCUUUUGAGACAAGCCCGAUGGAUGUAGCCAUGUCCAUUUCCAAAGGCUUGGCGGAGUCUGUGGUGGUGGCCAAGGUCAUAUACAAGGAAGCCGUCGAAUCCCUGCAGCAGUGCGUAGUGGCAGACGUUGAGGACGAGGUUGAGGAGCAAGAUCCUGAGCAAAGCGUCCUUUGGGAUCUCAUGAGGCCUUUAGAGGGCAGCUGUCGCCUGGAGCUUUUAAAGUUUGAUCACCCAAAGGGUCAGGACGUCUUCUGGCACUCGAGCGCCCACAUCUUGGGUCAAGCCCUUGAGCGAGAGUUCGGCUGUCAUCUGACCAUCGGCCCCGCCUUGGAGUCCGGCUUCUACUAUGAUGGCUUCUAUGGACACAAAAAGCUGAACGAUGCUGACUUCUCAGCCAUCGAGAAGCAUGCGGCGCAGAUCUGCAAGGAGUCACAGCUCUUCGAACGCUGCGUCUUAUCCAAAGAGGAGGCGCUCGAGCUCUUCAAAGAUAACCCCUUCAAGGUUCAGCUGAUCACGAACAAGGUGCCAGAUGGUGCCACGACCAGCUGCUACCGUUGUGGUGAUUUGGUGGACCUCUGCCGUGGGCCCCACCUGCCCAACACCAACCGUGCCAAGGCCCUCAAGCACAAAACCCUGCCGAACAUUUAA